AUGGACUCUCUAAAAACGGCGAUAACUGAAACGAACAGUGGUUUUGAUAUUCAGAAUGAUCUCAAUUUACUUGACAGUAUAGCAAAUAACAUCCAGCAAUUGGACACUCUUAGGCAGACGGAUAUAGAGGCGCGUAGAGCUAAAAACAACAAACUAACAAAGCAGCUGAGCACGCUGUCCGCAUCAAUCAACCAGUUGAAGGGGUCAAAUAAGAUGAAAACGGCCCAAAAACAGUUAAUUGAUUUGGAGAAUCAGAUGUUUCAUAUUGCAGGAAAUUUGACGACAUUUAACAUGGAGCUCAACUCUCUCAAAUUGACGUACAACCAGGAAUUGAAACGGUUAGACGAACUAGAAAAUCAGCUACAGGAGAUGAAAAACAGUUUUGAAUUAUCUGAAGAUAUCGAGGUUGCAGAAAGGGCCAAAAUGAUCAAGUUAAAGCUCUACGAAUCAUUGGGUAUGAAACUGGACAUACAAAACAAACAGGUUAUGGUGCUAAAUAAGAGGAAAAACAAAAGUGGCGUCUUGAAGCUUGAGAACUAUAGUGAAUACUUCAUAUCCAACUACAUAUGGGAUAAUAUAUAG